UGUGAGUGUCACACAGCCUCAACAGAAGGUCGAGUUGAAUACACCUUUCAAAAGCAGUUUGGGGUAAAUGACAGCGGCGAGUGGGUCUUUGAUGUUUGGAAUACAGGUGUCAAGACCUCUGUUUACAUCACUGUCCAAGCUGAGUGCUUCUCGCUAGAAAUAAAGGGAGGAGAAAGCAAUUUCACAUUUUGCUGAAGGUGUGAUGUCCGACAUUCUCUUUCACGUCAAUAAUGAUAGAAAUAAAGAUCAAGUUACCUUAUUUAUAUAUAAAAAUGGACAAAGGUAUGAUGCUAAUGUUUGCAAGCUCGUACUGACAACACUACCUGUGUCAGUCCCACUAAGAGUUGUCAGUGUCACACAAGCUCAUCAGAAGGCCAGAGUUGAAUACACCUUUCAGAAGCAGUUUCAGGUAAAUGACAGAGGCGAGUGGGUCUUUGAUGUUUGGAAUACAGGUGUCAAGACCUCUGUUUACAUCACUGUCCAAGAUAUUCGGACCACAAUGCCACCGACUCCAAAGACAUCGACUCCAGGUAUGUCACAUCUCGGGUAAAACAAUACAAAUAAGUUGUGUGUGUGUGUGUGUUCUACAAUAAUGUGUCAUCCAUCAGUCUACAAAGAUCUAGCAACAUCUUUACCGAUUCAACAAAACCGACAUAACACAUACCAACAUCAGAAAGUUCUACAAGAAAGAAUCAACAUAAUUUAUGCAAACUCAUACUGACAAACACAAACUGUGUCAGUAAGUGUGGGUUAUCAUUGUCUCAUAACCUCAACAAAAAGUCAAGCGGAAUACACCUUCAUUGACUAGUUGUUUGUACAAAAAGGUGUACCCAUCACCUCACGGUUAUAAUUCUUUGUCUACAUCUAUUGACACUUCCAAGCUAUAUAAAUUUUCACAAAACUGCAUUUUCGAUAUUCGAGAGUUCAUCGAACUCUAUGAUACUAUAUAUGUGUGUGUUAAUAUUUCAUUAACGAUAACUUUUUUUAGGUGAAUGCCUUUCGGUGGUAAUAAAAAGUCAAGAAAUGUUUACUGUCUGGGAAGGGGAAAUAGAAAUUUCCUUCUACGUCAAUAACAUCAAGAAGGAUAAAAAUAUUACCCUGGACAUUUUUAAGAAUGGACAGGAUAAAGACGAAUUAAGCUCGUGCAGUCUUGUAUUGGGACAGAACUUCUGUAUUUCACACCAUCUGUUGUGCAAAUGCUCCACAAAUCUUAUCGAAGGUCAGGUCGAAUACGUAUUUAGGAAGAAGUUUCGAGCACAAGACAGCGGCGAAUGGGUCUUUGAUGUUUGCAGUACAAAGGUCAGGACUUCCAUGACUGUCAAUGUCCAAGCUUCGAGGACAAAACACAUUUUAGUAAAUGGAGGUCGUCAAAACCUGACUCUUAAGUUUAACGAAUCAUUUAACCUCCAGUUCUCUUUCCCUGACCCCAUGGAAGACGAUGAAGGCAUCAUCCUCGUUCAGCAUCGCCCUCUGUAUGCUGCUGUGUUUGGGAGGAGAUGUGUCAUCGUGAGGUCUCCGAAAAACUGCUCGAGCUCGAUGGAACUGUGUCGGUGCCUGGGACCUCCCUUCGGCAUGUACAGCCUCCGUAAGGUCGUCACCAAGGAAGAUUAUGGAACCUGGCUUAUAAAUCUGUGGAAAGCACAUCACGAACGUGAAGAGACUUUGUAUAUUACUGUGGAAGGUAUUUCAUGAUUGGUGAACAUACUGUGGUUGUGACUAUGCAUUUCAUUUUGACUUAUUUGUGUAUAUCGUAUACAUUACUGUUUUUAUGAUUCGGCUUUCCGCCCGUCAACCUUUUUUCGUAAUAAAAAAAAAUCACAUUCAUUCCGAUACUGAAGAAGUUCGAUAGAAUUGUUGGCUAUAUCUUAACAAGCAGAGAAAACUUUAUUCGCGUACCUUCCUCGGGCAAAAUAUUUCAAGAGGACCUGAAAACAGAUUUUAUCUUUUCUUUCCUUUUCAGUAAGUAUACACUAUUUUGACAAUAACUAAUACAUUUUUUACAUGAGUUAUUUCAGAAUUGCAUUUUUAUUAAGGAGUUUACCUUGGUUAUAGUUAUAAAUGAUGCUCACCAAAUAUACUUUUUAAACUACUAAUGGCUAGGUUAUCUGAUAAAGAAAAACUGCAAGUGAUUUUACAUUUAAGUGGGGUUUUUUCAGAAGAGAGCUAACCACGAGAGACAAUUCAAACUGAUGAUUUAAAAGCAGAGCGUUACUGUCGGUAGCAUCAUCAUCAUUGUCGCCAUAACAAUUAUUAUUUCAGAAUUCCAAGUCCUAUGGUGUUGACCCAGGUUCCUUUUGGAACAGUUUUGCGCGUCCCCAUGACAACAGAAGGUACGAGUUUUGUUUAACAGAAAACGUUUUAACUGUCACUGCUACUCCCAUUGGUUUUAAUGAACAAUAUAAACAGAGGAAAAAAUUACUGUCUUAUUUGUAUUGUUAAUAUUAGCUCAUUUUUCCGAAAGCUGCAUGUAUUACAUUAUUGCCUACUAUUUUAAAUAUUUUCUUAGUCUUUUUCAUAAAAAAAAAACUAUUACGAGAUGAGCAGCAUACAUUCUAUAAAUUUCAUUCAACAGCAUUGGGAUCUGGUUUAAAGUUGCAGAAGGAGAAUGUUGUGCUCCAUCUUUAUGUUAUGUAGGGAAGGAAGAUAAUGGUUUGUCAAGUCUGUAUAUUCUUCAAUGUCUGGCAGUAACAGAACUGAGAAUUUUUGUUUUACCGAUGCCUUUCGCUGUCAAGUAAUAAGCUCAUAGCAGUUGGAAAAUAUGUACACCUGGCACAUGACCACAAAUCCGAUCAUGUUCAUCCACAUUUGCAGUGCCCUGUAUCGCAAUGGCAGUCGGCUUAGUGCAUGUAAGUGGCUCAUUGGCUCUACCUUGCAAGUCUGUUCUUGUGUGUCUAUAAGGAAACGGGUAAAUUGUGUAUCUGCAGCUGCAUGUUUUAAUUCUAAGCUUUCAAGACAACCAGGCUUGUGGUGACAAAAAGCAUCUCCCUUUCAAAGACUUUUGUAGGUUUUUGAGAGAGAGAAAGAAAGGUAAAGAUGUGUAAAUAAGGUGUUUAUUUAUAUAUAAAACAUAAACAUGAAAUUUUACAUUCCUUUCUCUCUAUAUAUAUAUACGUAAAACCCUACUUUAUAUAUAUUAUGGUUUAAAAGGAAAACACAUAUAAAACAAAAGCCUUUUUAUGAGUAAUUCCAAUAACAGUGUAGGACAGUGUCAAGCUCUAGUAAUGUAACAAACAACACUGUAAUUAAUCAAGAGGACAACAAAGCAGCUUAAUAUUUUGAAGAACUGGAGGAAGUCUUUAAGGAAGUUUUUCACUGUGUAGUGUCCGGCUCAGAAAUCCAGAUGAAGUGGUUCUCUGUGUGUUCUUCUGUGCACACAUCGUCUACAAGUAAUGGCUUCUAAGGUUGAGUGUCACAAAAGAUUUCUGAUAACUUUGCUGAUAUCCGUCUUUACUUUUUUUGAAGAUUGUCGCAUGUGGAAAAUGCAGACCGACAGCCAUGAUAUUACUGUGGAAAAUGGAGUGGAGUCCAACAUUGAUUUCUUCCUCACUGAUUACCGAUCUCUGAAUGUUAGUCUUCGACUAAUUGUCCAACAUCGAUUAAGUAAUGGAAGUUUUAACAAAACGUGUCAGAUUGAACACUCAUAUGAACGAGUUUGUCAGCCGACACUCGGUCCAUGCCAAUGUAUUGGGGAAAGUUCAGGAUUAUAUCGAUAUCGACUGAGGAUGACCUUUACAGAGCAAGAUGGCGGCCAGUGGGUGUUUAAAAUUUUCAACCAUGAGCAAACGAUUGUCAACAUUACAGUGAUUCCUCGUCGUGCCUUAAAACUCUACACCAACAGCCAGAGUAUAACUGUUGAAGACGGAUUGAAAUCAGACAUCUACUUCUUUCUGAAUGACUCUACAGCUGUAGACAUCGGCGUGAAUAUAGUUGUUCAACAUCAAAAAGUUGAUGGUUUGACAUUUGACCCUAAAUGUCGCAUACACCACUCAAAGACACGCGGUUGUCAAAUCUUAUUUGGCCCGUGUGAGUGCAUAGGUGAAAGGUCAUUUACAUAUCAAUACCGAUUGAUGAAGGUCUUUACAGAACAAGAUGGCGGUCUGUGGAAGUUUGACAUUGUCAGUCAUGAGGGGACGAUUGUUAACAUCACAGUCAUUGACAGCAUCACUUCUUCACAAGAUAACCAGAGUACAGAACCUUCACAAGUGACGGGCCUGACUCCUCCCAUCGAAAGUUUUACUCUCUCAACAACAACAUUAGUCAUUUUGGUUAUUACUGCUAUUGUCAUCUUCAUCAUCAUAUCAGUGGUCGCAAUUAUUCGAUGUCGUCUCAGGUCCAAACACGAUCUGGAGGGAGAAGAAGAUAGUUUGGAAUACAUAAACUGCAGAUCUGAGAAUUUCAUGGAACCUUUGUCACGUGAUGGGCAGUCAGCUGACCACCCUGGCUAGUUCACCAACCGGGAUGACUAGCAGCUCUUGCAAUAGAGUUCUUAAGGAAAGAUGAAGCAUGUAAUCACUAAGUGCCAUUGAUACAUCAACUACAUCACAUCAGCACCAGAAAGGCGACUGUGACAGCUGCACCAGAAGCACCAAAAAGAUCAGCAAUGUCGUCAACAUCUUCACCUCCACAAUACCAUCCUCAUCACCACGUCUUCACUACAUCUUGGUGUGGGACUGCCAUCAGAAUAAACAAUAUUAACUUUAGAACCGAAGCCACGUGCUUAGGACCAUUGCCAUCUCCAAAUGAAACCCCACAAACACUAGCGCCACUAACACCAGCAGUACAAUCACCAUUUGCACCAGCACUGAUGCCAUUUAAAGAAAGAAUAGGGUUAGCAGAAGCUUCAUCGAAUGCACCAGUACCUCUAGUAUCACCAUGGCAUCCCGUCCACCGCCAAAACCAUCAGAAGGAUCGCCAUUACAAAAAUUCUAAUGCUUGGUCUACGGAAUCUGAAACAGAUAUUAAAGUGAUAUUAAAAGAACAGUUCUAGACACUUCCUCCUUUCUGCUAACAAAAGAACCUGAGGAUUAGAGGAAGCAAACUUUACAUCGUAUACAUGGAGUGUUUUUGUCAUAUUCGUUUUGUUACUAAAUGCACCACUUCAGUUUGCUAGGAUGAAAAUUGUUUAGAAGCCGCAUUGUCUCUUACAUAUUAGUUAAUUUUAAAUUUAAAACAAAAAAGUGCCAAAUGACAUGGUAUCUAUUUUAAAAUACCGUUUUUGUAUGUUAGAUAAGUUUCAA